UUCCACGCUGGCUAUGUCAGUCUGACGGCAGUAUGAGGCCAUCAUUAUCGAAGUGCUCACGUGACCACAAGCCAUACAGCCUCUUGAAAUGCUGUCAAGUACUGACAUACUUCCCAGCUCAGCCUUCUUUGAGGAGGCAGCAGACUUCUUCGAUAACUGCUUCCCACCCUCCAGUCCCCUGUUCAACAGUAUCGAAGAAAGCGAAUCAAGUGCAGCCGCUGACAUGCUAACGAUUCUAGACCCCAGCGAUGAAGCAUCCAAUAGUUCAUCCCCCACAAAUCCUCCACCUAGCAACACCACUGCCGACGAGCGCGAUCUCGCCGUCAUUGCGUUGAACAUGCACCGUGAAAAAGAAAAACUUCGCCGACGGAAGCAACGCCAACGCAUUAAAGAUGAACUCGACAAACUGCGACGAGCGCAUGGUGAAUUGGACGAUCAGCUGAAGAAACUGAAGCUUGCGAAAGAAGCGAAGCGUAAUCCUAGUCAACACUGGUCGAUUUGGAAAGAAUUAGCUCUUGUGCAGCGAAAGGAACGACACAGAUCAGAGACUGAGAAGAGAAGACUCACCACGACCGCAAAAACUCAAGAGAUAUACAUUGACAAUCUGCGCGGAUUGCUUCGGCAACAUCGAUAUGCUGCUACACUCGAGAACACCGUGCCGAGGUCCGUGAUCAAUACGGCAGAGCAUCGACUUGAAGCGGCCGACAUGUCUAUGCUUUCAUCGUUAUUGCUAAAGAUUGGACCAUGCCUUGCCAAAAUCGACGACCUGCUGACAGGAUGCGGUCUGCCCACAAUGCCUUUGGGGGUGACAAAUUCAAUGAAUUGGUGUGAUGAGAGCGGUGAAUUGAAGUACCAUCAGAAUCUGCAGAAGUUUGCUCUUCCUUUCGAUCUGGAGACAAGCCAACAGAGCUGCUGGGAAGCUUUCCAGUUCAAACAGCACCAGUGCGAUCGCGGCGAUUACAAUGGAAUUGGAGAUUCUGAAAACACGGUAGCCCUGAAGUACCGCGUGAUUCGAACGUUGGCAUCCGGCAGCACUGUUUCCGUAGUGGAGCGACGUGUUGCUCGUCGGUUUAUUGAGCAAGAUCGCGUUGUGGGUAUUUGGAAAACGUACACAGAGGGGGAGGGAAUAUUUCGAGGAAUGCAUUCGAACCAAACAGGAUGGAGUUGGCUUCGGCAGCUACCAGACGGGUCUGGAACGGUAGGUGAAGUGUGCAUUCGUCAGUGUCCCGUUCUCUUCAACACGUCCCCGUCCGCAACUGAUGAGUUUUAUCGAUUUCUCCAAGCUCUUCUUGACGAGGAAAAGUACGAAAUGCUGGGUGCAAUUUCAAACAGCGUCCCUAAGUCUUAUGGAACUGUAUAGAAGCAAUACGUGAGUAAAUGUAAAUACUUACUACAGAAAACUUUACGGUGGCUUCACGAAACUAUGUUUGGCGACGUCCGCCAAUUCCUU